AUGGCGUCUUUCAAUAACAUGAAUCACUCGCCGAAUGCAUUCUGGGAGCACGUCGCUUCCACUUUGGAUGAUCAUCCCUUCUUCAACUCUCGCAACAUGCAUCACCCGCACCCACCACCUCCUCCAUUCUGGGGCUGGGGCAACCCUUCUCAUCCUCAUCGCCGUCAUCGUGGACCUCCCCCCUCAUUUUGGGGAUGGGCAACGCAGCCAGAUGACCAGGAUCUGCCUCGAUAUACGGAGACCCCUCCUUCGGCAGGUCAAUCUCCAGAACCAACCGCUGGCCCCUCACACUCUACAGCACAAACCCCCAAGGCAGAUCAGGACAAGGCCGCCUCUCCAGAGGCCGAGACCCAGAACGAAGAUGAAUCGCAUUCUCACGGACGAUGUGGCAAAGGCAAGCAUCCUGCUCACGGCGGCCCCGACGGGACAGGUCACCAAAGACGAUGCGGUCGUGGUCCUCAUGGACGAGGUGGCGGUCGAGGCAGACACCACGGUGGUGCGCGUCCCCCAUUCAGUCCUGGCCCAGGAUUCCCUAAUCUGGAAUUCUUGCGGAACAUUGCAUCCCAAUUUGGAGUGCAGUUCCCUGAGCCUACCCCCGAGGGCGUUGACUUUGUUCCAUCGGUAGAUGUAUUCGAUACCCCGGCCAAGUUCAUCGUGCACACUUCCCUCCCCGGCGCCAAGAAAGAAGACGUGAGCAUUGACUACGACCCAGCCGAGGCUACCCUUCACAUCGCCGGGGUAAUCUACCGUCCUGGUGUGAACGAGGACCUGCACCACGCCCUUGUGAUGCAGGAACGCGCCCGCGAAGUGGGUGUCUUCCAGCGUGACGUUCACCUUGGAACACACGAGACCCCUGCUGUCAUCUCCGUUGACGAAGUUACAGCCAGACUGGAAGAGGGAGUGCUGAUUGUGACUCUUCCCAAGGUGGAGCGCAAGCCCGAGGCGAAGAGAAAAAUCAUCGUCGAGGAUGGGAAUAUUUCGAACGAGAAGGACGCAAUGCAGGUAGAUGUGCGGGAGGAUACCGUGACUGAGACCGAGACCAUGACUCCCUCAACAUCGGAUGAGAGUGAUGGCGAGGAGGGAAAGACCAAGGAAUAUGUCAAGGUGCAGGUCAAGUGA